CUUAGAACGGAGCCACCUCGCCACUAUUUAUUCCGGCGACAAGCCACACCCGCGCCAGCGCUUGGCUAGCUUACACGUAGCUGCAAAUGGCGUCGCCGCGCGGCGAAUGCACCCGCGUCGACGCGGCGGCGCUGCUGCUUCUUCUACGGUUGCUGCUCGCCGUCGCCGUGGCGACCGGCGACGGAGGCGGGAAGGAGGCGGCGGCGGCGAGGGUGCCGGCGGUGAUCGUGUUCGGGGACUCGACGGUGGACACGGGGAACAACAACCAGAUCGGGACGCCGCUGCGGAGCGACUUCCCGCCGUACGGCCGCGACAUGCCCGGCGGGCCGCGCGCCACGGGGAGGUUCGGCAACGGCCGCCUCCCGCCGGACUUCAUCUCCGAGUCCCUCGGCCUGCCGCCGCUCGUGCCGGCCUACCUCGACCCGGCCUACGGCAUCGCCGACUUCGCCCGCGGCGUCUGCUUCGCCUCCGCCGGCACCGGCCUCGACAACGCCACCGCCGCCGUCCUGUCAGUGAUCCCUCUGUGGAAGGAGGUGGAGUACUACCGCGAGUACCAGCGCCGCCUGCGAGCGCACGCCGGCGUGGCACGGGCGCGCGCCACCGUGCGCGGUGCGCUGCACGUCGUCAGCAUAGGCACCAACGACUUCCUCGAGAACUACUACGCGCUCGGCACGGGGCGGUUCGCGCAGUUCACCAUCGGCGAGUUCCAGGACUUCCUCGUCGGCGAGGCCCGCCGCUUCCUGGCGGCGAUCCACCGGCUCGGCGCCCGCCGCGUCACCUUCGCGGGGCUCUCCCCGAUGGGCUGCCUCCCGCUGGAGCGCACCACCGACGCGCUCCUCGGCGGCGGCGGCGGCUGCAUCGAGGAGUACAACAGGGUGGCGCGCGACUACAACGCCAAGGUGGAGGCCAUGGUCGCCUCCCUCCGCGCCGAGCUCCCCCGCCUCAAGGUCGCCUUCAUCCCCGUCUACGACAACAUGGUCAACAUCAUCACCCACCCCGAAAACUUUGGGAUUGAGAACGUGGAGGAGGGGUGCUGCGCGACGGGGAGGUUCGAGAUGGGGUUCAUGUGCAACGACGAGGCGCCGAUGACGUGCGAGGACGCCGGCAAGUACCUCUUCUGGGACGCCUUCCACCCCACGGAGAAGGUGAACCGCCUCAUGGCGCAGCACACGCUCGACGUCUGCUAUCAGCAGGGCGUCCUCUGAUCGAUCCAUCCAUCCUCAUCAACUGAUCCACACAGAAAAUUACACUGCCGGAGAGGUUUUUUUGCUUCUUGAUUUGCAUGAUCUUGUUUGUGUGACCCCUCUAAUCCGUAGAGUUUGUACUGGAUUCAUCCAUCAUUCAUGGCGAGAAAAAGAUUCGGGCUGCCAUCUUUUGGCUUUUUUGAAAAAAAUAAACGAA